AUGGAAGUAGACACAAAAGAAUCACGACUGCCAUGCGAACCGCCUAGCCAGCAGCACCGCGCCGCGUCCGGGGCGAGCGGUGGGAAAUGGACUACCGGCCAUGUUGGAGUAAGAGACCAGGCUCCACGUGGAAAUAAUACUACUGGAAACUCCGUCAAGUUGCGAAAAAUCCAGAAGAUAGGCACGUGGAAUGUUCGCGGGUUUUUAAAGCCUGGUAAACUUAAUAUCGUGGAGAGGGAAGUCACCAGAUGUGGUUUAUCCAUUUGCGGUCUAACAGAAACGCACUGGAGAAGCAACGGGCACUUCUUUACCGACGCCCAUGCUGUUUACUUUUCCAGUAGCGAUGACAGUAGCCAAAACGGAGUAGCGAUUCUAAUUCCUAAGCAUCAGAAUAACAGUGUGAUAGGGUAUGAGGCAGUUAGCGACCGCAUUAUGUCUAUGAAGCUCAAAGCGUCACCUGUAAACUUGAACCUAAUACAGGCAUAUGCCCCCACUAGUGAACCUCUACCUCUCGUACUGGAGAGUUUUUACCAAGAUUUACAAGCAACAAUUGCCAAAAUUCCCAAUAGAGAGUUACUUAUAAUAAUGGGUGAUUUCAACGCAAAAAUUGGCUCAAACUCUGCCCAGUACAGCAAAUCAGUGGGAAACUUCGGACUUGGGGUACGUAACGAAAGAGGUGAAAGAUUCACGCAGUUCGCAGACGAGAACAACAUGAACCAAAAAUCAGAUCAACUACAUACUGAUAAGAUCACGUUGGCCACCUCUAUUCUUAAUGCCCACACGCUUCCUGGGGCUGAUUGUGGUUCCAAUCACGAACUCGUUAUCGCAAAGAUGAGGUUGAAGCUCAAAGCCGCUCGAUCCUCCAAGAAGACAAGACGGAUUGAAGUAGCAGAUAACGAGAAAUUCACUACAGCCAUUGAGCGGAGUUGGACAGAUUGGACAGUUGUAAACCACACCGACGCUACACCAGACACGCUAUGGAAUAAGGCUAAACAACUCAUCCAAAAUGCAGUCACGGAGUCUAGUCCGGGAUCAGAAACUUGCAAACGUCAACACUGGAUGACGGACAGUACCCUUGCGCUUAUAGAAGAGGGGCGCUUUAAGAAAGCCGCAGGAGCAGACAUAAGAGAACUGAAUCGGCUGUCUGCAAAUAUCCAAGCCUGCUGCAGGCGAGACCAUAAUUUCCACCUUCAUAGCAUUUGUGACGAACUUGAAAAACAUCACGUGUCUAGAGAUCUUUACCACAAAAUUCGUCUAAUUACUAAAUCUCUACCUGCUAAAACCUGGGCUAUCGAGAACGACAAAAAUGAAGUGGUAACAGAACUCGAACAGAUCUCUGAAACGUGGAGGAGCUAUUGCCAGUCAUUGUUCCUGGAUGCGCAGUCGCGACUGUCUAUAAGCACAGAACCAGAGCCAGAGAAUUUGGAACCAGACAUCCUUCUGUCCGAAGUAAGAACUGCCAUAAAACACCUGAAAAGCAAUAAAGCAACUGGUAGAGAUGCAAUUCCUAUAGAGACAAUUAAAGCCUUAGGAGAACGUGGCGACCAGAUGUUUCAUCUCAUCUGCAAUAAGGUGUCGCAGACAGGAGUUUGGCCUUCGGAAUGGACACACACCAUAUUCACACCCCUGCACAAGAAGGGCUCAACGAAGAAAUGUAACAAUUACCGCCUCAUUGCUCGGAUACCACACGCUAGCGAAAUAUUGUUACAUAUUCUCAACGAGCGCCUGAAAGCCUAA